GUAAUCUCGAUAGUUUAGCAGUUUAAAAGUUGGUUCUUUAUUCUAUGAGUUUACUCUUUCGUACAUGCGCACGUAUGCGCACGUUAUGGCUCCUCCUCGCAAAAUACGAACCGCUGCUGAAGAAGCGGAACGCAGAGCUACGCGCGCCGCUAAAGCCAGGCAACGCCGGGCUCAGCAAACCGCUGAGCAGAGAGCAGCCCAAGCCGCAGCUUGCCGUCGACGCCGGGAAGACAAUGCAGUUCGUUCUCGUGAAAACGAAGCAAAGAGAUUUCGCCGCGAAGACCCUCUAGUGCGUGCUGCUGAAAGUGCGGCCCGACAGCUUCGCCGCCAAGACCCUCACGUGCGAGCAGCCGAAAAUCGGGCGCGACAGCUUCUUCGCGAACAACCUCACGUGCGUGCUGCAGAAAGUGAGGCCCGGAAGCUUCGCCGCAGAGAAACCGAGGUUCGGGCAUGGGAGAACCUGUCGAGGCAACUUCGCCGCCAAGACCCUCACGUGCGGGCUGCAGAAAAUGAGGCCCGGGAGCUUCGUCGCGCAGACCCUCGCGUGCGAGCAGCCGAAAAUGAGGCCCGGAAGCUUCGCCGCGGAGAACCCGAGGUUCGGGCUUGGGAGAACCUGUCGAGGCAACUUCGCCGAGACAACUUCGCGAAGCUUCGUCGAGAAGACCAACAGGUGCGUGCUGCCGAAAGCGUUGCCCUACAUCAUAGGCGACAAGAAACCGCGGAUUGCAUUGGCUCCUCGGAAUCAUCAGAAACACUUCCAUGUUCAUCUAAAAGCACAUGUUCAAGUACAGGCCUCGCAAACACGAUGAGCCUAGGGGACCUCAACAUGGCUGCUAAAGCGGCAUGCCACGCCCUUCCCAAGGUCGUCGGUCAGGUCAGGGUUGGCGUGCAGUGCAGCUUGUCUGUGGCUGACAAGUCUGUUGGGUGCUCCUUCAAAACAAAGAGCAAGUCGAGGAGCGUGCAGACUGCAGAUCAGUCAAGUUCCACCUCAGGCCUGGUACGGCUGACAAGGUUGGGUGAGCAGAGUGGGGCCGAGAAAGGAGGAUGCCCUGAUUCUCCCAUGGUUGGUCGGGCCUCAGUUGCUGUCCAGUUGGACUUGCCCAUGGCUGACCAGUCCAUUUGGCGUUUCCCCAGAAUAGGGACCACGAAAACACAGUGCUCUGUUUUGAGCAUACCAAGGAGCGUGCAAACUACAAAGACUGUGGACCGGCCAUGUUUUGCUGCAGGUGCCUCGAACACCGAAUCACUGGAGAAGCCAAGAAGUGCUCCUGCUGAAUGUUACUAUAAAAGUGUGCACAUUGCCGGGGAAGAUGUAAGAAUCGCCGCAACUACCGCCACAGGCAGCGAGAGUGAAUCCCAGAUGCUGGCUUUAACGUGCGAAUGUGUUGAAACUGAUGAGACGUCAUCGCCGCACCCGUGCCAUUUGCGCCCUAGUGAGCGCAACUUUCCCAGCAAGAGGCAUCUGAUGAACCACAUGUACACCCAUCUGAAGCCAUACAAGUGUCCACUAUGCCCCAAAGCAUUUGGUCGUAAACACAUACAGAUGGCCCACAUGAACGUACACACAGGAGUGAAGCCGCUCAAGUGCACAAAGUGUCCACGAGCUUAUGCCGCUCUAAAGAGGCUUAAUACUCACAUGGCUAUUCAGGAAGGGCAAUAUAAGUGUGCCAUAUGCCUGAAGUCAUUUGGCAGAAAGACGGACAUGCAGCUUCACAGGACUGUGCACGCCAACCAUAAGAACUUCAAGUGCACAACAUGCCCACGUAUGUUCGCCAGAUUGAGCUGCUUGAGAAAGCACAAGCAAAUCCACAAUGAACAAUUUAAAUGUGCACUCUGCCCGUGCACAUUUAGCAGUGCGGAAGGGCUAGUAGUGCAUGUGAGUCAGCACGCUGAAUGUGGAUCCUUGAAAUGUGACUCUUGCCCUAAGAGCAUUGCAACUGAACAGCAACUGCGCAAUCACGUACGUAUUCACGAAAAAACAUUCAAGUGCACACAGUGCCUAUGCUCAUUUCUUGACAGACCUCAAUUAGUGACCCACAUGCGCAUCCACACGAAUGAAAGGGCUUUCAAAUGUGAGAUCUGCCGUCGCACAUUUAGCGAUAACCAAUACUUGUUGAUGCACAUGCGAGCCCACAAUAAACCAUUUAGAUGUAGACUCUGCCCAAGCACGUUUAGCAGUAAGGAAGGGCUAGCAAUUCACGUGAGCUGGCACACUGGAGAAAAAUACUUUAAAUGCGACACUUGCCCUAGGAGUUUUGCAACCCAAAUGCAACUGCGUAUUCACAUGCACAGUCACAGGUGUAGUAAAGUGAAACAAUUCAAGUGCACAUAUUGCUCGCAGUCAUUUGCUGUGAGAGCUGAAUUAAUAAACCACAUGUACAUGCAUACAAGUGAAAAGCCUUUCAAGUGCCAGGCCUGCCCUCGCACGUUUGUCAAAAAGAAACAUCUGUUAUUUCACAUGCAAACGCACGACAAGCCACACAAAUGUGUACUGUGCCCAGAAGCUUUUACCCGGGAGCAAGAUUUGUUUGGUCACAUGCGUGACCUGCAUGAUAGUGAGAAGCCGCAUAAGUGUGAAACUUGUUCCAAGGUCUUUCCUACUCGCGCCACUCUGAUGGAUCAUGUGCAGGGCCAUCAAGAAGUCUUCAAGUGCGAAACGUGCUGUCAGACUUUUGAAACCAAGAAAGUGAUGUUGUCUCAUGAAUGCACGCGUAAGAAGUUACUCAUGUGUGUGAAGUGCUUGCAGCCAUUUUCCACUCUGGUUGGACUGCGAAGACACAUGCAUAGUCACGUAAAGUCAUAGUACCAGGCUCUGCAUCCCUUGCUCUUUGUGAAAGACAUUGUUUUGCCACACCAUACGAGGCUUUAUGACUCGGGGCAUUCACUGAAAUGCAAGAGUUGCUGCCUUGUGUUUUUCAAACUUGAGAGUUCCUGUUAGAACGCCCACAUGUCCAUGUGAUCAUGAGCGUUUGAUAAGAAAGAAGUCUUGCUAGCCCACAUGGCACAAAGUGGCGAAUUUGUUGUACAGAUUACAAAGUUGGGCUCAUUUUAUGAUUUCAUAAAUGUGUCAACUUUGAUGAAAAUACAUUCUCUUUGAAAAGUUUUCAAGCAGAUGAAAAUUACGGUGCUGCCUUCUUGUGGCAAGCACAAGGCACCAUAUACCAGAGACUUUGAGCAAGCAGGCAAAAUUAGCUGCAGGAAUGUCUCUGAAAAGAUAACUGUGAUAUAAAAACAAUUGUUUACUUGCAAA